UGUGAGCUGCUCUUACAACCCCAGACACGAAGACUUGAGCGCGGACGUUGGUGUAGUGUAGACGAGUUAACUUGGGAGUGAGAGGCUGGAGUUUACUGGUGUUUAGGACUGAGGUUCACUUGAUUUAAUUUAGGAACUUCAUGUUCCCGUUUCUUUUUUCGUGGAAGGAAGCUCUGUUUUUUUUCCUAACUGCACGUAUCCUCAGGAAGACGUACCUGCCCAUAUUUGGGCAAUAUUUUUUUUUCCUGGACUCCAGGGAGGCAAGGCUCAGUGUGCACGCUUUAGUAGUCCUUAAACAUCAACAACGAUAAGAACUGCGUGUAUAGUUAAGAAGAUAAGAUAAAAUAUUACCUUCGACUCCUAGGUGUGAGAGUUACUUCUUAGACAGGAACUCUGCCAAGAUGUUGAGAUGGCAGCCAGUGAAGUUUGUGCUGGGUCACCCUAGCAGAGGCAAGGUUAUCUUUGGUCACCCUGGCAUAGGCAGGGCGAUGCUGGGUCACCAGGAGUCACACAUUGCAGCAUUAGGUGUGACUCGGGGUUUCAGCACUACCACCCAGGACAGCUGUACCAGCCCCCAGGUGCAAGAGGCAAGGGAUGAUGGUCCUGCACAACAGCCUACCACCUUGAAACCAACACAUCAACCAUUUGUCAAAAAUCUCUUCCUGGGCAAGUUUGACAAGAAAAUGUUGACAUUCCCAGAAGUGUUGGACAGGGAUCAACAUGAACUGUUACAUGAAAUGAUUGCUCCCAUUGAACGAUUCUUUAUAGAGAAAGUGGAUGGAGCCAAGAUUGAUAAGGAAGCCAGUAUUCCUCCUGAAACACUCCAAGGAUUAAAAGAAUUAGGCCUAUAUGGCCAGCAGAUUCCAGAAGAAUAUGGUGGUCUUGGGCUGGGGGCCACAGAAUAUGCACGCAUUGCUGAAAUUCUUGCACUGGAUGGAUCUAUAGCUGUUACACUUGCUGCUCACCAAGCCAUUGGAUUAAAGGGCAUCCUGAUUACAGGAAAUCAAGAACAGAAGAAAAAAUACUUGCCUCGCUUAGCAUGUGGUGAGUGGACAGCAGCAUUUUGCCUUACAGAACCCAGUAGUGGGUCUGAUGCUGCCUCCAUUCAGUCCCGUGCUACACUUUCAAAGGAUGGUAAAACCUGGUUGCUGAAUGGAAGUAAGAUCUGGAUAUCUAAUGGUGGCUCAGCAGACUUGUUGACUGUCUUUGCUAAAACUCCUGAGGUGCAACCUAAUGGGGAAGUAAAAGACAAAGUUACUGCUUUUAUAGUGGAAAGAGGGUUUGGGGGCAAUAUCAUAGAUGUCAUUGCCUGUAGAUCUGGAAGUGUGCAGAGAGAUUUGGUGUGGACCUGUACAAUUGUAUCUCAUCCUCAGAUACACUUUGAGAACACUCCAGUGCCAAUUGAAAAUGUACUUGGAGAGAUUGGGGGAGGCUUCAAGGUGGCCAUGAACAUCCUCAACUCAGGGCGCUUUUCAAUGGGCAGCUCUGGUGCAGGGAUUAUGAAGAAGAUGAUAGGUUGGUCAAUGGAACAUGCCGUAACCCGGAAACAGUUUGGGCAUCACCUCUCUGAAUUUGCUUUAAUUAAGGAAAAGUUUGCACGCAUGAGUGUUGCUGUUUAUGCCAUGGAGUCUAUGGCAUACAUUACAGCUGGAGUCUUAGAUAGUCACAAAAAUGCUGAUUGUUCAGUAGAAGCAGCUAUUGUUAAGGUAUUCAGUUCAGAGUCAGUCUGGCACUGGGGCUCAGAGUGUCUUCAGAUUCUAGGUGGCAUGGGCUACAUGAAACCUUACCCAUUUGAACGUUAUCUUCGUGAUGCUCGCGUUCUUUUAAUCUUUGAAGGAACAAAUGAAAUUCUUCGACUGUUUAUAGCAUUAAGUGGAUUGCAACAUGCAGGAAUUGAACUGCAGAGUUUGAUUAAAAAGCUUCGUAACCCUCUGAUGAAUCCUGGUUUUAUACUUGGCAAGAGUAUAGAGAGACUGCGGCACCAGAAAGAUAAUCCUAAACUAGAUUUAGAUUUGGCAGGUUACAUUCACCCGUCUCUGAAAUUAGGAGCUGAUUCUCUUGAAUACUGUGUAAAGCGCCUGCAGUACAGUGUGGAGGUAGUGCUAGCCAGACAUGGCCUGAAAGUAGCCGAGCCUGAAAAUCAGCUGGAAUUGGCUCGUCUGGCUGACUGUGCUAUUGACAUCUAUGGCAUGACUGCUGUGCUGUCCCGUGCAUCACGUUCGUAUUGCAUAGGAAUCAGAAAUUCUGCUCAUGAGAUGCAGCUUGCCAUGAUGUUUUGUGAGGAGGCUGCUGCUCGUAUCAAGAAAAGAGUAAAAGAUAUUGAAAAUGGACCAUUUAUCAACAGUGACUCUACCUACAUGAAAAUUGCUGACACACUCAUUGAAAAUAAAGGAUAUGCUGCUGAGCAUCCUUUGACACGUGUCUUUUGGUGAUACAUUACUAACAUUGGUGAAGCAGCUUCAGUUAAAUCUGGGCAUUACAUGUAGUUGAUACAGUACCAUUUAUUCCUUGACCUAGGAUUUAACCUAACAUGCAAAAUAAGAAAUUUGUUGAAAAUUUAUUAUAAAUGAAUACAUGUAUAAUGAUUCUAGUGGGGUGAUAGGGGUAUCUGAACCCAUGGUUUGGCAGUCCUAAAAUUACCAAUUCAUCUCUCUAUUCAACUGCCAAGGAACUGGGUUGGUAAUUGUAUGACUGCUACACUGUGGACUUUGAAUCUUGUCACUCCAUUUGCACCACGUGAAAUAUGUAGAAUAUACAGUAGUGGUACCUCGAGUUACGAACUUAAUUUGUUCCAGAAGGCUGUGCGAGUGCCGUUACCGAACGAAUUUGUUCCCAUAAGGAAUAAUUAAAUUAGAUUAGUCCGUUUCAGACCCCCAAAAAUACACUUACAUAAUUGUUCGAGUUGGGAGCUGUUCGAAACUCUAAGUCCCAUUGUUUAUGUAUAUAACUAUUUUUAAAACUCUUCCUUUUUAAUAGUUUUAAAUACGGUAUGGUAUACAUAAUUGAUAGUUUUCUGGCUUGUGUGAAUCAUCCAUUUCUGAAGAAAAUAAUUAUGGCUUAAAAUUUCAGUGUAAAUAAGAGAUACAUUGUAUAAA